UUCUCCCUUUUAGCCAAUGAGCAGAAUGUGAGUGAUGGAAAGUUUGAUACAGAAGUGUCUGCUCAUGAAGUGGACAUCAAUUAGCGGGACACUCUCUCCGGUGAGGAGCUGCGCACAGGUGACUCAACAAACACAGAGUCUUUGCUCGUUCAGAAGUUAAAGAUGGAGUGGCGCCAGCAGACCAGUGUCAGCUGUGCAGACGCCUUCACUGAGGCUCAACGUUGGAUUGAGGAAGUGACCGGUAAAUCCUUUGGUUGUAACGACUUCCGGGGCGCCUUAGAGAACGGAGUCCUGCUGUGCGAUUUGAUCAAUCAGUUGAAACCUGGAAUCAUUAAGAGGGUGAACAGGCUUUCUACUCCCAUCGCUGGCCUGGAUAAUGUGAGUGUCUUUCUCAAAGCCUGCGGGAAACUGGGGCUAAAUGUCUCUCAGCUGUUUCAUCCAGGAGACCUGCAGGACCUAUCCACUCGUGCUACACUCAGACGAGAUGAAAGCAACAGGAGGCUCAAAAAUGUUCUCAUUACAAUCUACUGGUUAGGUCGUAAAGCUCACCUUGACGCCUUCUACACCGGCCCUCAGCUCAACUUCAAGGCCUUCGAAGGGCUGUUGGGGUUAGCCUUGUCCAAGGCUUUAGACGAGGGUGGUAAUGUGUUCAGAGACGGCUGGGAGCAGGAGAAGGAGAACAACUUGCAGAAGAGGCCGAGUUAUAAAAUGGAGAACUCUGUAGACUGCAUCGACUCUCUGGACUCCCGAGCCCUCCGCCCAAAUAGUGAAGGUUGUGGGAGUGACGCCGAGGCUGAGCAGGUGUUCAAGAUGGAGACCGCACAGCCCUCUACACAGCAAAACAAAGGUUACAUCCCUCCACCUCUCCUUCAGAGAAAACAAGGACACGAGGAGAACGGAGUACUUGCCAGGAGCAAAUCACUGAGCGACAUCCCGAUGAUGUACCCCGUACGGAAAGUUCCUGAUGGGCACACCAUUUACGAUCACGAGGACUUGGAUGCUGGCAUGGCUCAAGAGUGGAAUCAAGACAACAAACGCAAGUGCAGCGUGGCCGGCAAGGACAGCGAGGCUCAGUGGCAGGAUGACUUGACAAAGUGGAAGAACCGUCGCAGGAGCACCAAGUCUGACUCCCGUAGGAAGUCUCAGGACAGAGAUCAUGUCAUCAGCCAGAUGGUGAACGGGCUCGGGUUUUCAUUUGACCGAAACGGAGCACAAGGUGGACUGCUAAAGAGAGACCAGCAGUCGCCGCGCCGGCACAACCCUGCCCCCCGUCCUUACUCCACCUCUCCUCCUUCAAAGUCCUCAAGCUUGGACCUGAAGCCGCGUACGAGAGCUCUACUGGCCCGCAGCUACGCCAUUGAGGCACAUUACAGCCCCACAGCGCCUCUCAGCACCCAGACCUCAUCCCACGGCUUGGGGUCAUCCGGUGGAUCCAUGCCGGUCUCUGAUGGGAUCAUCUCAGGAGAGGAGACUCAUUUUGCCUCCCUGGCUUCAGAUGGAGCAGGAGUCACCACACCUACUCCUGACUGUCCUUUUAGCUCCGAGACCCCUGUCAGAGCCCAGGGCUGCCUGAAUCCAGUCCUGCCUGCACCUGAGAUGUCCCAUUCCAGCAUUGUCUUCACCAACCAAAUCUCCACUCUAACCACGACUCUACAGCCGGUCAAAACACCAAGCUCCACCAGCACCAGGGUGUCCUCUUACAAUACUCCAAAAGUUCCAGCUCCUGGCCCUGAAGCUCAUCAAGCAGGAGUCGACCCUCUGGAGGAUUCGUCCCAUCAGAACCUUGAGUCUCAGAAAGAGGCGCAUUGUGAACCAGCUGUGGAGACGGGCCAGAGCCAGCAGCAGGGUGCAGGCAGCUACAAGUACUUCCCCAGAGCUGGGUCUUGGUCCGGCUCGGCUAGCCUGCCUCGUGGAUACAGGAGGUCUGAGGGCUCAUCCCGUCUCUCCUCUGCCAUCACUGCCAGACCGUUUGGGAGCAAGCAGUCCAGAGUGUCCUCUCUGCCAAGACUGUGUAACGUAGAGAGCAACCAAGGUCUCCUGCUGAAAUGCGAGAAAGAGGAAUAUCUUUCUCCACCCGCUGAAUCCUCGCUCAAAAGACAGACGGCGACGGCCCACCUGAAGGGUCAAUUCCAGACUGCAAUCUCACCGAGGAAGGAGACGCACACGCAGCAGAAUGGUAAAGAUCAGGGGGAGGAGGGGAAAGGUGCCACUUACAGGAGCCAGAAAUCCUUCCAGAGCAACAGCUAUCAUCAUCAGCUCUCUAGCCAGACCCAGCUACUACCGCAGCCUUAUUCCAAACACAACAAACGCUCCUCCACUCUCACUUCAAAUGUGAGCACUGAUGGCCUAAAGGUGGAUCACAGUGACAUGAGAGUGAGCCUUACUCUCAAACCCAACAGCAGACCAGACUUUGGAUUUCAGACUCAUUGGGACUCUUCUGGAGCGAGAGUCAAAUCCAUUCAACCAGGCAGCCCGGCAGAGCUGUGCCAGCUGUGUGUGGACGAUGAGAUCGUGGCUGUUAAUGGGGUUGCGGCGGCCCACAUGAACUACACCCAGUGGAAGGAUAAAAUGUCAUCUUCCCUGCAAAGUGGCAGUCUGACCAUGGACAUCCGGCGCUAUGGAAACAAGGAUUGGAGCACCAGUGAGGGGAGUCAUCAGAACCAGCCAGGACAGAGCAGGAUGACCCUUAAUCUGACCACAGCAGCGCCCCUUCUGAUAGGUUACCCUGAGCACCAGGCCUCUGCAGACACCACAGUGAGAGUGUCCAAAUGCAACGGGCAGACUGACAAUGUGAUGCAGGGUAAAGUCAUGAAUGGAGAGCAUGCUGACAGCCACAGGACAUCCAGAAGUACAGGAGGUUCAGAAUCUGCAAUAUCUGAUCUCCAGGUUCCAUCCAUCAGCCCCUCCUCCUCCAGCUGGUCGUGGGACCACGAGCAGGAUCGAAGGCGUCAGGAGAAGUGGCAGGAAGAACAGGAGCGCCUCCUACAGGAGCAGUAUCAGCGGGAUCAGGAGAGACUUGAGGCUGAGUGGCAGAGGGCUCAACAGGAUGCAGAGGGGCAGAACCCCUUUGCACCCGAGAUGAUCAACGGCAGUGAAAGCUCUACCAGCCCCCUGCUCCAUGUGAACGGAUUGACAAACAAAACCAGAGAAGAAGAAGAGCACAGCCCUGAGAGACAUGAGCUGACAGAAGCAGGAUCAAAGACUCGAAGUGAUUCACAAGGACUGCAGAGGGACAAGAUCAAUGAACAGGCCUGGGUGGAGGACUCGUGCGGCUUUGCUCAGCUGUCGCCUGCACACAGGGCGAAGUCUUUGUCCACACCGGCAUUAGCUGGCCCUCACAAACAAAUGAAAGGUGAUCAGAGGAAAAGCUUGGGACUCUCUGUGUCUCAGGGGGAGAAAGAGAGACAGCUGAUUUUAGAGGAGAUGAAAAAAAGGACUCAGCUUCUGACAGACAACAGCUGGAUACGUCAGCGCAGCAGCAGCGUUCAGAAGGAACCCGUCUAUGUGGGGGUCCCUAUGAAGAGGUAUGAGUCUCUGGAUAACCUUGACACUUUCCGGCAGUCACCAAUGUUGAGCACUGCAAUCAGCUACCCUCGUCCACACUCAGCUGCUGCAGGUUAUUCUGCUCCCAGCAGGAACUCAUCCUCACGCUACAGCACUGGAAAAAUACAACUCCAGAGACACGCAGCUCUGGAUCAGACUCAUCAAGGCAGGAUCAGUGGCAGAAGGACUUGCUGUGUGUGUGAGCGUCUCCUGGGUAGUGGGGCAGCCAUGGUCAUAGAGACCCUUAGUCUCUGCUUCCACCUCGCCUGUUUCCAGUGUGUGGGCUGCCAGCGACACCUCGGAGGAACAGAGACUGGAGUCCAGGUUCGAGUCCGAAACGGGAAGCCCUACUGUGAGCCCUGCUAUUUUCAACUCAAGUCCCCUUGUGCUCCAUCCAUGUGAGAAACACACCACGCUCAAGAUUACUGAGUAGCAGCAGUGGGGAGAAUGUCGUCCACGCAGCCAAGCCUCGACUCUCAUGUUCUUCUGCAACUGCUGGAAAAACUGUAUAAAAUCUGAACCUGUGUGAGAGCACGGGUGAAUGAUACUCUCACCUUCUGUCUUCUCUCUGACAGAUAAUAUAAUCUAGUACUUCCUUUUCUCUUCCUUCUGCUUAUCUUUGUCCAAGAAUAAUUAAAUGUAAUAUAUGAAAUAAAGUAAUUAAUUAUUAGAGUUGAAUAAAUGCUGUUAUUUUAUUGGUAGAUGCAGUUUGUCACAGAUGUUGUAAUUUUCCUAAUUUCCUUAAACAUCUCUCAUUAAUGUAACCCUGAGGCACCUUUUCUACUUCCUGUACUGAAGCACUUUUCUUCUUCUGUUGUAAUCUCACCACGUGCACUCUGGGAUUAAUCAGUGGUAUUUGUAUGACCAUUUGUUUCUAACAUUUAUCCUUCUAAUGUCAUGUUGUUUGAAUAAAGUGCACAGAAUAUUA